AAAAAAUAGGCAGAGGAUUUGUAUGUGAUACACUCAAGAAAUUUAUCUACACACUCGAUGCUCUCGGCAUGUCAUUGUCAGUAGCUAUAGGCUGAGUGACUGGGUACUUUUCAUUUUUCUUAAUAUUAUCUUUAUAUGUCAUCAGUGUUAUCUGGGUCUAACAAGUGUCACACGAUGGAUAACUUAUUUUUCACCACAUUGCAGCCAUGGGCUGUUUCCACUGAGGCAUUGCAGUUACUCUACGUGUAUUUUGUUUUCAAACACUAAAGUUCACACUUGUAUAUCUUGGCAUAGUCCAAUUAGCAGAUGUAUAUUUUCUUUUUUUUGGUACAGCACUGUUUGCUACCAGUCUUUUUCAUUAUGGCACCACUCUGACCAUCCUCACUGUCCGUCAAGAGAGUGAUGGAAACUUGACCAGUGGACUGUUGGUGGUCCCAGUGGCAAUUAAAACUACACUAGUGCAGUCCACUUACGGAGAGGUUUUGUCAACUCUUUAGCGAUGCUAACAGCAUUAUAGUGGCGCAUGCCGACGGGGGACAUAUUGACUGAAGCAUAUUGAUUGUCGGUCCCGCCCUAUGGCGCGUGCGAGACCGCCUCUGGCUGGACCUUGACCCUCAGUCCUGCGUGUCGUGUUUAGGUCCUGGUAAAACAAAUUGAAGAGUCCGAGGUGUGGAAGGGAUGGUGUUGGGUGGAGAUUGGUUGUGCAUAACAUGGUCCAGUUUUUAGCUGCGGCGACAGUUGAUGCUGUCUGCUAGACGCCAGGUGGUCGCGCCUUGCGCCGCACUUUUGGCCAGAGGUCAAAGUUCAGUCAUGUUGCGCAUGCAGCCGGCGAACACCAAGUGUUGUUACCUUACGUAGAGAGUUUGGGGGCAGGGGAGUAUUUCUGCGAGAGGAAGCAGACCGUGGCAGCUUCGCAGCCCAGUAGCUCUUCUCCCCACCACCACUUCCUCUGUCUCCCCGCCGAACUCGGUGUUGGUGACGAGACGGAAAACGUGUCGCAAGCCCCACUGCACAUCCGUGUAACAUGAAAUUUCAAUUGAAACGACUGCAGACAUCGUUAACACCUGUCGCGCUAGACAGAUGUGACACCCACAUCAGUCGCAGUUCUCACCCGAGGGGACGCACGUCGAUCACAGUACGCAUGUUGUGUCCGACACUCUGGCCUGUCAAGUUGUUCGCAUUACGUCGUAAUUCUACAGCUCGGAACGGCAGCAGAGAUGCACUCGUGCGUUCUAGUGUUUGUUUGUUUGUUUUUUUAGGGGGGAGGGACGCGCCUGAGACGAUCUAUAUUUAGCACCGCUGUGCCGCUUUCUCCGCCUCCGGUGCUAGCGGUGAGCGCGCGGCAUGUUGCCUUGCCCCGGGAUGCCCUCCCGAUGUCAGCCGUCUCCCAACUCUGCAAGCAAGGCCGUCGCAAGAUCAGAAUGCAGUUCUGGCACUGAAAUCAUCUGCGAUCCUCUCGGGAGCCAGCGUGUGGGAGGGGCCGGACAUGGCAGAUGAGUGGGAGAGGGUACGUGAUUGAAACAUCUGGCGCCGUGCCCUCCAUGUCGGCGGCUUCGUUGCGAUAGAAACGAGGCGGGGGGAGAGGGGAGUUUACGGCCAGCACCUGUUUCUUUCCAAGGCAGUAUCGGGACUAAGUGAUUGCUUGCGGCGACAGCGGACAACGUCAUUGCCGUGGACUUCGAGCCCAAGUGCGUGCACGCGCAAGAGAGAGGGAGAGAACGAGAGAAAAUGGCGGUGAAGAGGUCAAGUCUUUGGCCUUGACCGCCGUGUGACGUGAUCAGAGGCAUCCAACUAUUGCCGUGGAGACUUUCACUCGUUGUGUCUGUGCGGUGCUGUGUGCGUGUUCUUGAUGUAGAGACGAGACUAUUCCAGGCCAUCGCACGUCCAUUUCGUGUGCGUUGACGCCCCAAGCGACGCUGCAAGGAUCGAUAAGCUGCACAGGGAGUCGGUGGUGUGUAGUGACGCGGGCUCGUGCGGCACGCGUGCGUAAUGUGUGUGAAUGAUCGCGUGGCGUGACGUGACGUUGGUGGUAGGUAGCACCGACCCUCGACUUUGAUAUUGUGUCCGUUAUCAGGAGCUGUACUUGGGUCCGCUCACGAUUUUGAUGCACCGUUCUUUCCUGGACAGUGGUGGAGAUUUGUGAGAAACAUCAGGUGUGACAAGUGUAACGCUUACCCUGGUUUGCCAAGAGCUGGUAACUAUCAUUCAGAUGCCAUCUGAAUGGGAAGUUAAAUAUAAUCAGUGUGGUUCGAAGGAGUAAAUUUUGUCAAUUUCUAAAGAAUUUACUGGCCUAACAAGCCUGUGGAGCAAGUGCAUGAAAUAAUUUUUUUUAAAAGGAGGAAAAGUGAAGCGUGUUUUUUUUUUUGCCAACAGGCUAUGCCAUAUUUCCAGAUGUUUCCGUCCGUUUUGGGCUAGUAAUAUUUCCGCAUUGCUCAACUGGCAUGCUAGUCGCUCAUCAAUCAGGUUGAGAGGCACCUGAAGUGACUUGUAAGCACUCAUCUGAUGUUCAGAUAACUACACCACUGUUUAUAUUGUGUAUACAAAUAUAGAAAACACCACUACUUGCAUACCUGGCUGCAUCUGAGCAAUUAAAAAUUGUCAACAAGAUGUGGAUAGAAAAAGUGAUUUCUGUUUAUGAUAUACAAGUAGAUAUUAACAAAUCACACACUCAAACAAAUACUUAAAUCCUAUCCUAGUUUUGUGAAAGAUUGUAUUUGUAGGAUCAGUAUUUGGCACAUGUCAGAAGAACAUUGCUGUUUUAAAGACAGUUAAGGUGACAACUUUAGCAUUUGAGGCAAUCAGACAAAACAGUUCAUACAUCACCUUGCACAUACUGUAGCUGCCCUCAAAGGGAACAUAAACAUGCAAAUAACCUUGUAAAAAAGUAUUUAGUAGAAAAUAUACAGGACAGAGUGUGGUAACGGAGUCAGCAUAUCCAACAUGGCUACAGCGCAUACUUCUGACUGCAAUACCACAGGAUCUUAUGUAAUAGAUAAAGGACACUGUAUAGAGGAGAGCAGUGGUAAUCAUGUGUUACAAGAAAGAUCAAAUUCAGAUGCAGACAAUGUCACAUAUAGCUGCAACGGUAUAAGAUCAUCUGAGUCACCAGAUCCUCAGCAAAGAGAUGGGGAUGCUGCAGAGAUAGAAAGGAUGGAAUCUGUACCUUUUAAAACACAAGAAACUGUGUGCAGUGACAAAAGCAUCACCACCACUUCCGCACUGGCUUCAUACAGUGAGGAAGGUGCAAAUGGUGCUGCCUUGAUCACUCAUCCCAUCCCAGAGAUCAGUGUGACAGAUGGUGCAAAUUAUGAUGAGCCCAGUGGUGAGUUUGAUGACAGUGAUGUUGGUGAUGAAGAUUUUGAUGCGGUUGUGCAGGACUUCCAGCCUGACACCUCAGUACAAGAGGACUUUGCAAGUUACGUGGCAGCUAUCGGUCGAGACGACAGUCUUGUGCAGAUUUACUCAGGAGGGCAAGAGAAUGUCCCAGAUGAUCUAUACCUUAUUGAGGACGGUGAGGACUUUACAAUCAAAACAAAACUCCCAAGCCCCCAAUUUCCUGACAAGAACUUUCCAGGUGAGUUACCAGAUCCUUCAAACAAGUUGCACCUGCUGAUAGACGAGGUGGGAAGUAACCUUAACACCCUCUCUGUGCUGGAUGUGAAAGAAGUCUGUGAUGGGAGUACUGCUGAGCUUAAGGACGACAAGGAAGGGUCGCUGGAGGAAGAAGACAGUCUGUAUUUUGAAUACCUGAGCGAUGAUGCUGUGAGUGCUGCCAGCAAGAUUUCUACUGCUGAUUUAAAUGUUCUUGGUGGCAACAGUAUGACAGCAGCUAAUGGAGAUGACAAAGUACUACCCAGCCACUCUGAUUCAAUUCCAUCCGAUGAAGAGGACUUCUAUGAUGCUCUCGAUCAUCAGGUGGAGAAAGAGUUUGAUGUAGCACUUCCUCACAGCAAAGACAAGCAUCACAGACGAACUGGUAGUGACUUGAGCAUGGAGAGUUAUGCCAAUGAUCUAUCCAGUGAAUCUGAGUCAGAAGGCAGUGUCAAUGAAGCAAGAGUCUACACAACUAAGGCUAACUCUCCAAAGAAAGGACUGCAGAGACAGGGCUCUGGGAGACGUGACCAUAAGAGGACAGGUAGUCAAGACAAAAUCCGAAUGUCGAGAUCUCUCCCAGACUCACAGAAUGCAGAGGGCAGUCUGGUGCCAAGGAGGCAGCGAAGAAAAUGGAUCCCUGAGAAACCCAACAUCAGCUUGAACCUUUGGAGUGUCAUGAAGAACUGUAUCGGCAAGGAACUGUCCAAGAUCCCCAUGCCUGUCAAUUUCAACGAGCCUCUGUCCAUGUUACAAAGACUGACAGAGGAGCUGGAGUACUCAGAAAUUCUCGAUCAAGCAGCAUUGUGCGAGGAUUCCUGUGAACAGCUGGCUUAUGUUGCUGCAUUUACAGUUUCUGCAUAUGCAACAACACUAUUCCGAACUGGAAAGCCAUUCAACCCACUUUUGGGAGAAACAUUUGAAUUUGACAGAACUGAGGAUUUUGGAUGGAAGUCUUUAGCCGAGCAGGUAUCCCAUCAUCCUCCCACAUUAGCAACACACACAGACGGACGGGGCUGGACCCUGUGGCAAGAAUUUACCAUGACGACCAAAUUCCGCGGUCGCUAUCUCCAGAUCAUUCCCAUGGGUAUUGCACACUUAACUUUCACCAAGUCUGGUGGUCACUAUACAUGGCGAAAAGUGACAACAACAGUUCAUAACAUCAUUGUGGGGCGGCUAUGGGUGGACAAUCAGGGAGAAAUGGACAUCACCAACCAUAUCACGGGAGACAGGUGCCAUCUGAAGUACUCUGCAUACAGCUAUUUCUCGAGAGAGACUCCCAGAAAGGUAACUGGUGUUGUCACUGACUCAAAGGACAAUGCUCGCUGGGUGCUUACCGGCAAUUGGUGUACAAAAAUGGAGGGAGCACCUAUUAUUCAUGUUGAAGAGUCCAACAAAGGCAAGCCAGUCUUUGAGACUGGCCCGCAUAAGUUGCUGUGGAAAGUUCGACCACCUCCGAAUGGUGCAGAAAGGAUUUACUUCUUCAGUCAACUGGCCAUUGAGAUGAAUGAACCCGAGGAAGGGGUAGCGCCAACUGACUCAAGAAACCGACCUGACCAGCGCCUGAUGGAAGAAGGCAAGUGGGAUGAAGCAAACCAUAUGAAGAUUCUUUUGGAGGAGAAACAAAGGGCUGCCCGGAGACAGAGGGAACAAGAGAUCGAAAAAGCUAAAAAUGAAGACUUUGAUGGUGAAUAUCAAGUGGACAGCAUAAGAAAGGUCACAAGUUCUAGCCAAAUUGAUAUACCUUUUCCAGAAGGUUUUAGUGUUGAUGAAUAUCAAGAUGAGGGCGUAAGUGCAGUCAGAAACACAAAUCAAACUAUUUCACCUUUGCCAGAAGGAAGAGAGAUUAAACCCUAUCACCCUACAUGGUUCAAAAAGGAGAUUGACUCCAUCACUGGAAACCUGAUGCAUGUCUUUACUCAUAAGUACUGGGACUCUAAAAUUAAGCAACAGUGGGACAUGUGUCCUGACAUUUUCUUGUGAUGACUGUGUUUGCUGUGGAAAAGCUGACAAAAUCUGUGUGUGUACUGCUGUAGGCAGACUUGGGGAAGGCAAGGCUGAACUGUUUAAAAAAAACAUUUUUGUUUGUUUAGGGAAACCCAUUCGUGGAUGAUCACUUCCAUUUGUCUUCAUCUAUUAGGCCUUUGACUGUUUCUUUUUUUUAAUUUGUUUCUUCCCUUCAUGCUGUCAUAUUUUUCAAUGCUUUCCUCCUUCACUCCCAAUCUUGCUUUGGAGCGCAGGAUGCUAACAUUCAAAAAUGUGAAACCUUGCAUGGGUUGCAUCCUGUUUUACAUUUGGAAGAGAAGCGAAAUAGCAUGAAAUAAAUCCAAGAAGUCCACAGUCAAGGUUGUUGCAACGUUCCUGGUCAUUUCCAUGUUAUUUUGAAUAGUGUCACGUUUGGGUGGUGAUAUCCGGCAUGAUAUGGUUAAAAGAUGUUUGUAAACAUAUCUUCUCAUUGCAGCACAGAAAAUCUAGGCUUUUGAGUGACUCCUCUAAACUUUAACAUCCAUCAGUAUCUAGGAAAUUCUCAAGUUUGUAUCACAGUAUAUCAAGGGUAAAAUACAGUUUAAUAAUAACUAAUUCCUAUUCAUGCUCAGUGGCUUUGGAAGAAUUACAAAGGGGUAGGGCUGCAGUGAAACAACAGCAAGAGUUGGUUUUCUGCAAGAUGAUCAUUAGGGAUGAAUAUCGUCACUUAUUAUUGCCUUUGCUGACUUUUUUUUUUCAAAUCCACUAUUUGAUUUAAGAUGCCACUAUUUCAUUAUUUUUUUUUAAUUUAAAAAAAAAUUAAAAGUUACUGAAUAAAGGUCUUUUAACUGUACUGAUCUCCCUCUGUUUACCCCCAUUCCUCUUCUUCAGGGGUAGGUUAUAAAAGAAAAUGAGAAUCGUCUUGACUUCUAACCAUUGUCUCCAAUUGCUGCAUGUCCACAUGUGCUCUAUGUGUGUGGGUUCAUGUGUGCAUGUUGGUGCACAGAUGAGUAGAAUUACUGACACUUGUGUUUCUUGGUAUGUGGACUGGGUCAAUAUUCCAAAGUAGUGGGUGACCCUGAGUGACCAUCUGAAGUGACUGUAACCUUUGCAAAGGUGGGGGAUUUCUUUUUUUUUAAUUACCAUCCCUCGUUCUCAUUUCUCGAUCUUAGCAGAUUAAAGAAUUGAUAGCUUUAGUAACACGAAUGCUUAACUUUUGCAGUUUCCCUCACACAAAUUGUGCUGACCGUAUGUUACACAGAUUUUUGUUAUAUUUUGGGGUCAGUGUUGGAGAUUCCCCUAAGAAAUCCUGUUUUAUAUUUGUCCACUUGGAGAUAUCCAAAAUCAUUUUAUGCAAAUAUUAAUCAAAUUAGAGUGACAUAUAAAAUACAUUUUCAUCCCUUAAGAUGUUUUAUUGUUAUUGCAUCUUCAGCUCGUACAGGGAAGAUUAUAACAAGAAUUGAUACUGGGGGUGAUAUUGAAAUAGUAAUGUGCAGGCAUUAGUGUCAUCUGGACAUCUUGAAUGGGAAAAAAAGUUGUCAUAAUUAGUCACUUUUAAAGUUAUUUUAUACAAUUAUCUACCUAUUUGUCAAAUGUCACAUCGGAAAAAAGCUUAUGUGCAUCUCUUUCAUUAUUAAAUAACAGGAAAACUUACGUUUAUAAGAAUGUUUUUUGGUGCUGCUUUAGAACACCUUUGUGACCAACAGUUUUUAUCCAUUUAGUUUAUGGUAUGAAGGUAUGGUGAGCUUGUAUGAUUCAUCAGAUUGAUUUGCUUAUUUAUGGAAAAUAAUGUAUGCAUCAGGUGUAGCAAAGAAACAGAACCAGGAAGUCAGUGAUGCAUAGUCACUGUGGUGAAUGAAGCCUGUGUUUUGCAUUUGAAAUAUAAGAUAUUGGAAUGACUUGAAAAUGAAUUUGUUGUAACUUAGUGGUACUAAUGAACCAUUGACAUUUCAUGAUUUUGUACACCAUCAGAUAACUUUCAAGCACAGUCGCUUAAUGUAAGUGAGAGCAGAGGUGGCGUGUCCGUGUGUAUGCAGUUGCAAUGUAACAUAAAUAGGAAAAUAUGCUUGAAGGAGAAAAGUUUUUAUUUUAUUAUUUUGUGGUGUUCACAGUUUUGUAAGCAUGGCACUGGAAAGGAAUGUUGACAUGCUUUCUAAGUAUGUGCAUGUAUGUGUGCUUACACAGUUACAGAGAAGUGUGAGAGGACCAGGUGUUCUCCCUCGAAGGAGAAAAUUUUUAAUUGCUUCUGCUGUUUGUGAGUUUUUGGAUGUUGGAAAGUAUAAUGCAAACACCUCCCCCACCCCAACACAUAAAUCAGGAAGUGGCUAGUUCUGUUCAUGUGUGAUGAUUUUGAUAUGAACAGUAAACACAGAUAUCAAGUGCUUGAUACUUGUUAUCCAGAGUAAACAGUGUAACUUUUAGUCUUGCAUGACCCCUAUGAUCAAGUUUCUGCACAGAAUUUCCCCAUUGAAUGUAAGGGUUAGUGUCUGGUCUGUUUUAAAUGCAUCACUUAAUUCAGUCUUUUAAGGGGCAUUUGAAAAUCAGCAUCGUGACAAUGAUCAUGUAGGGAGGUGGGGGAUGGUCAUGUAUGUCAUGAGAAAAAGAAUGCAAAAUGUAAGAUUUUUUAAUUUGUAGAUAAUCAUAAGAUCUACUUAAAUAGAUUUGUCAAAUCCAGCAAUGUCUUUGGAAGUGAUUACUGCAGAGAAUAGUCCCACAACACCUUUAGUCAUAGAUUUCAAGACUGUGUACUAGCCAUGGCAUUGUAUCUGCUGUAGCAGACAGUUUGUCACUUCACUGAAUAAUGCUUCAACUGCCAGAAUGUAUGUCAACUCUCAAAGCAAUACUUCAUAAUGAAAUAGAGUAUAACCCCCAAUAUUUGUUUGUAAUUGUGUGACAGCUUUGCAAAGCUCUGAAAUGAGUGGGAAUAUGUUGCAUCUUAUACUGCAACAGUGUCCUCUGUUGGUCAAUUUUGGACAUCUGAAAAUGAUUGUGUGAAAUGUUACUUUGUAUAGGUGUAUGACUUUUGUAGUUUUUUUUAAAAAAAGUCUUUCAAAUAGAAUUGAAAAUUUAUUAAUUUAAUUUGAUCAGUGUGGAAAGAGAAAAAAAAACUGGAUGGUGCUGUUACAGCUUGAGCUUUGUAUUGUAACAGAAUGGACAAUGAGGAAAAUGACAUGAUUUUGUCGGGCUUUUAAAAGAAGAAAAGUGUCUUGUGCAAAGGAAUAUUUUUUGGGAUUGAGAUUGGGGUUGUUGUCACACGCUUGUCAUAUGAGAAACUUGCAGUUUUUCGCCCUACCUUUCCCUCCUCAUAUGGUUCUAUUUGAGUGAAAAUUUGGUGGCAAUGAAUAUUUCCUUUUGUUUUGUUUUCACAUUCUUUCAAUUUGCUCCAUUCAUAGAGCAUUGUUAACAUCGUGGAAAUUGUAACGGCAAAGUUAAAGCUAAAACAUACUGCAAGCUUCAAACUUUUUAAAAUAUGCUGUACUAAAGCCGAAAAACAUUUUAUAGAAAUGUGACAUUUUCACAACGGUUGACAUUCUUUCACACACUGCCUUUUUGUCUCUUCCUUAUCAUAGAGGAAUAAGUUGAAGAGUUUCAACUUUAACGUGAUUAAGGGCAUUAUGCUUCACUUCGAUAAGUAUCUUUUUCCAUUCUGGUGAGGAUUGCUCAUUGCAUGAAAUCAUGACUAAUGGAAAUUGCCAGAAAUGUCUUUUAAAAGAAUAUUUUUGCAGGUCCUAAGCUUGUAGCUGUUGCAUAUGUGGUGCAGAGACUUUGUGGGUUAUUUUCUUUUUGUUUAUGUUUGUACAGAAAGCUACUACUAGACUUGUAUAUCUCUUGAUCAUAGUUUAGACAUAGGUGUAUUAUGUCCUAGGACAGAAGAUUCGAGAAUAUUAAAUGGCAGCUUAGAGAACAAUGGUCUAAUGUAUGUAGCAGAGUUGAUGGGAUGAGACAACUAUUUAUAUUACAUUUUCUUCAUAAGUAAAAAUAGUCCUAUAGAUUUCGUAUGUAAGACUGUGACCAUCAGCAGAGUUGAAAAUUCUUGACAUUUGAUUUUCCACAUAUUCCUUUUGUCAUAUCAAUGUUAGAUGGACAAGUGGAGCCUUUUGUUCCUGUGAUGAGAAAUAACCUUGCAUGCUAGAACUGCUAGUGUUAGUGCCAGAUUAAAAAUUUUUUAAUCAGAUUUGUUAAAGAAUACAGUUAAAAACAAUUAUUUGAAUUUUUUUUUUUAAUUCAUGGUUUGAUUUUGGACAUACUUUUAACAGGCCUCUGAAGUCCUUUUGGGAAAACAUUUGAAGCAAUAGUGUAAGAAAUGUUUCAUUCUUGUAUUUCAAGUAUUUUUAGUAUCUCUUUACAGAAGCCUUCAGGUAGCUUUUUUAUGAGAUUUCCUUAAAAAUGACAUACCUUUGAAUAUUAUUCCCUCUCAAAUGUCCAAUUUGUUUCUCUGGUAAAGUAAUUUCCUUGAGUACUUAAAAUCCCAAACAUUUACAGCUGUAUGGCAAAGUUUUAAUAGUGAUGAAAGUAAAAGAAUUUUAAAAUUAAGUUACAAGCUCUUAUUCAUCAAAAGAAAUGUACUGAAAAGAAAGUGACCUGUAUUCUGUAAGAGUGACAGGUCUGACAUGGACUAAUUGCCCCAGAUAUCAUGUACAAACCAAAUGAUUACCUACAGCUGUAUGUGCUGCACAAAUUAACUGCUUCAUUCAGUACCAUUUUUUCAUGAUUUGGAUGCUUGAUUUGAUUUUUGGUUUGUUGCUUUUGUGUGUUUGGAUUACUUUUCCUGAAAAAUAAUUUGAAAAACUAGUGGUUACUACACUCAAUGUUCUCCAGCUGCAACUGACAGGGUCUUCACCUCACAGGUCUGCUGUGCAGAUGCUGGUAGUUGUCCUGUGGGCUGUAGAAUUGAUGUGUGUUUUGUCCUAAUAACCAUUAUUUGCGCCUGCAUAAUGAUAACAGGAAGUCAGUGAGGUUUGUGUGGAGAACAUUUGGAAACUGGCAGUUGUGUGCAUUUCUGUCAAGGACAUUGGCAGGCAGAAAUUGGAAGGAAGUGUAGAUUAGGUUCUACCGCACUAAGUGAUUUUUGAAGCAUUAUUAGUCUUGUGCGAGUGCUGUAUAGCAGUCAUGUGCAGUGUGUCUUAUGCGAUUAGGAAAGAAACAUUUGCUUUUUUUUUUUUUUGAACAUGCACAAGAGAUUGUGUAUUCUUGUGUGGAAGUUGUUUGGCUUGCCAAGUACACAGUCAAUAUAGUUUAUCAUUACACCAUAGAAGUUGAGGGUUGUAUUAAAUUUAAAAUAUUAUCAUAAUAUAAAACCUGUGACUUGAAGAGGCUGUAUAAAUAUUGCACAUAAA